AUGUCUGUGCAUAAAAUCUUAAAAAAGAAUGAAUUUCAUCCUUACAAGAUUCAUCCAGUUCAGGAAUUAUCUGAAGACGAUUUCGAUCGUCGUGUAGAAUUUUGUGAGGAUGUCAUGCAAAGAAUUGACAUGGAUCCUGAAUUUGCGACCAAAAUAGUCUUUUCUGAUGAAGCGACAUUUGAGCUGAAUGGCAAUAUCAAUCGUCAUAAUUGCAGAUUUUGGUCAGAUGAAAAUCCUCAUUGGAUGAUUGAAGCUCACACGCAACAUCCGGAAAAAUUGAAUGUAUGGACUGGACUUCUUGCUGAGAGGGUGAUUGGUCCUUUCUUCAUUGACGGUAAUUUGACUGCUGAAAAAUACAGAACAAUGCUUGAACGCGAUAUUGUACCAGCAAUACAACGUGUUGGUGACAAUUUUAAUGAAAUCUGGUUUCAGCAGGACGGAGCACCUGCCCAUUAUGGUCGAGGUGUACGAGAAUACUUAAAUGAAGUAUUCCCGAACAAAUGA